CACGAUACCUAAACCAUCACAGACCUUCUCUGUGGGGGUUUCAAGCCUGUUCUGUUAACGAGGGUACCGGGCCAACCAGGAAACUAGAAAGAGAAGCUGUCAACGGCCGGACCGAGUCAAAUCGAAACCUUAAAACUGAGACCAAGUGAAGGAGGGGCCAGGACCUGAGACUACCCAAGGAACCAGAAGCCCCAGGAACCAUAUUCAUCAUGAGGCAGCCAGGUGUCUCGUUCGCUACGGCUUUGCAUGGCUUUUCCAUCAUCCUGGGCGGCUUAGGGGGCGUAAGGUCCGCCAACGCCGCUGCCGCCUCUACCUCUGCAUUCGAACCAUCUCUCAAAGUCGUCUCACAGACCUUCCACAAGCUGAAGCUCCCACCCAACGUGGUCCAGAUCACCAAGACGAAGCGCGACAACACCCUCGACCUGACAGCCAUCAACAACAUCACGGGCGGGGGUUACUAUGCCGAGGUAACCGUUGGCACCCCGCCCCAGCAAAUCGUCAUGCACCUUGACACGGGCAGCUCCGACACCUGGGUCGUGGCCGCCGGCGCGGACUUUUGCGGCAGCGACGCCCUCCAGCGCCAGUACGGAUACUGCACCGAUACCUUCGACCCGGAUGCCAGCGACUCGUACGAGACGGCCGUCCCUGGUGGCUUCAGCAUCCAGUACCUCGAUGGGAAUCGAGUGCGGGGUGACUACUUCACCGAUCGCAUCUCGGUCGGCGGCCAGACCAUCGAGAGCCAGCAGAUGGGGCUCGGCACCGACCUGCAGCGUCCCUCCGGCCUUAUGGGGUUGGGGUUGUCGGAUUUCGUUGCUGCGAAUCGGCCCUACGCUACGGUGCUUGAGAAUAUGGUCGCCCAGGGAUACAUUGGUCGUGCUGCUUACAGUGUUUGGAUGAACGACCUGAGUGCCGACGAGGGCGAGAUUCUCUUCGGCGGCAUCGACACGAGCAGGUACUACGGCAGACUUACCACCCUUCCCAUCAUCCCAACCUUCGAUGGUACGACACGCUCCCAUUACACCGUAUCCCUCGGAUCCAUCAGCAUACGAAACAGCACCGAUGCCGACCCUGAACUCAUCACCCCCUCCACCUUUGGCGGCCGCGCCAUUCUCGACACGGGCUCCACCCUCAGCCUGCUCCCUAGCGACGUUGCGGAGUCCAUCUUCUCUGCUUUCGGCAUCGACAACAACUACGGCGUUGCCCUCGUCGACUGCGAACUGGCCGGAUCGCAAGGCGACGGUAUCGCCCUCGACUUUGCCUUUGACGACGACGGCCCGGCCGUCACCAUCCGCGUGCCCAUGCGCGAGAUGGUGCUCGACAUCAUCGGCUCGGCCUCCCUGGCCGGCACGAACCUCCCUUUCGACGACGCCUGCGUCUUCGGCAUCCAGGACACCGCCUUAUUCGGCGUCACCGCGGAGAACGGCGGCGAUGGUUUCGUCCUCCUCGGCGAUACCUUCCUGCGCUCCGCGUACGUCGUCUAUGACGAGCCCAACAUGCAGGUCGGCAUCGCCCAGGCCGUCCUCGGCGAUGACGUCUCCGCCGAUUCGAGCGGGGAUAUCGUUGAGCUGGCUUCGGGUCAGAGAAGCAUUCCUACAGCGACCGGGGUGGAUCCCAGUAGGGCCUCGGAUAACAUCGUCAACCACGACGAGGACGAUGGGGAUGACGAUAACGCUGCUGGCAGGAUAGGAGAGGGAGGGAUGGCGGGAAUGGGUGUCGUGGGAGCCUCCGUGCUGCUUGCUUCUUCCGUGGUUGUUCUCACGGCUGUUUUGUGAGGCGGUUAGACCGGGUCAGACUGGGAUAAAAGAAAUGUGAAAUGAAGUACGCAGCGUACAAGGAGUUCUGUUCUUAUCUUGGGAAAUGCGUUUAAAUCAAGACUGAACGUAGCGACAGCUCAGCCCGUCGACAUGAUAACGGGGUCCGUCGACUCCUGAGUAGCAUCAAAUGAAAGAAGAAAAAGAAACUUGUU